AUGAAGUCCAAGACCAUUGCAAGGCAGAACAUCAAAGGCGUCCACAUUUCGAACUACGACAUUGUCCGGGUGUUGGGCAAAGGCAGCUUCGGAGUCGUUCGACUAGUACGCGAGAAGAGCGACAACACCGGCAAUUCCAGUGGCAGCAGCUCUGAUUCCGGGUGCAACAGCAACGUUCCUGCUUCCCAGCUUGGGCUAAGGCCUGCUCCGCCAGUACGUAAGGUCAAACAGGUCUACGCCAUGAAGGUCAUCCGAAAGUCAGACAUGCUUCGGAAUAGCCAGGAAGGCCAUCUACGUGCAGAACGAGAUUUCUUAGUAGCAUCUGAGAACUCGCGCUGGGUCGUGCCUUUGGUCGCGUCAUUCCAAGAUAACAACAACCUCUACCUCGUGAUGGAGUAUAUGAUGGGCGGUGACUUCCUUGGUUUGCUUCUGCGAGAAGAUAUACUCGACGAGAAUGUGGCGAAGUAG